AUGAAUGCCAUUUCAUCAUCUGGAAACAAAAAUGCAAUGACCGAAGCUGUUUCAACCGUGAUCAAAAGCACCAGGGCCAGUAAAGCGAAAAGGAAUGCCAUUCCAACUGUGGAGAGUAGUGUGAACAGUAAUGAUAAGUCAAAUGUGAACGGUAAUGUUGAAAUUGAAGAUAAAAAUAAAACGCCAUCAAAUGGCGAUUUUGUUUUGGCAAGUUCUUUACUUAAAAGGGGAAGCUCAAUAGUAUCACUUGCAAGUGGUAUCGAUAAGCUUGAAGUAUCGUCAAAUGACGACUUUGAACCGCCAGGAGCAACCAGCGACUAUGAUGAACCACCAGAAGGCAACACUAAUGACCCGCCAGGAGCAAACACUAAUGACCCGCUAGGAGCAAACACCAAUGACCUGCUAGGAGCAAUCACUAAUGACCUGCCAGGAGCAACCACUAAUGACCCGCCAGGAGCAACCACCACCAAUAAGCCGCUGCAGCCACAAACAUGA